GUCUAGGCCGGAGGGGGCGUGGCCUGGGCGCGAUGGCGCCGCUGAAGGUGCUGGUCGGGGUGAAGCGGGUCAUCGACUUCGCCGUCAAGGUCCGGGUGGCCCCGGGGGGUCACAAGGUUCAGGAUCAGGGGGUCAAGCACUCCCUGAACCCCUUCUGUGAGAUCGCCCUGGAGGAGGCCGUGCGCCUGCGGGAGCGGGGUCAGGCCAACGAGGUCAUCGCCGCCAGCGUGGGCACGCGCCAGAGCCAGGACGCUCUCCGCACUGCACUCGCUGUCGGUGCCGACCGGGCCGUGCUCGUGGAGGUCCCCGAGGGGGCGGAGCCUCCGGGCCCCCGCCAGGUGGCGCUGGCGCUCGCGAAGCUCGUGGAGAGAGAGCGCCCCCUGCUGGUGAUGCUGGGGAAGCAGGCCAUAGACGAUGACUGCAACCAGACGGGACAGAUCCUCGCCGCCAUCUUGGAUUGGCCACAGGGUACCUUCCUGUCCCAGCUGGACCUGGAUCCCGGUUCCGGUUCCGGUUCCGGUUCCGGUUCCAUCCGGAUCCAGCGGGAAGUGGACGGGGGCCUGGAGCGGCUCCGGCUCCGCCUCCCGGCCCUGCUCACGGCCGACCUGCGCCUGAACCAGCCCCGCUACGCGACCCUGCCCAACAUCAUGAAAGCCAAGAAGAAGCCUCUGGAGCUGCUGCCAUUGGAGAAGCUUUUGGGGGGCCCCCCCCCCGCCUCCCGCCUGCGGGUGCUGCGCCUGGAGGAACCUCCCGUCCGCCAGGGGGCGCAGCGCGUCGAGAGCGUGGCCGAGCUGGUCGAGCGCCUCGCUGCCGCCGGCCGCCUUUGAAGG